AUGACUGUGGCCACUACAUGUUCCAGAGGGGCCAGCGAAGACCCGCGAUUCAUUGACUACCCAAAGCCACACCAAGGCCCAGAGACAACGAUACGAAAGCGAAAACUCGAUAAUCCAGUAUUGAGCGGCUCUAUAUUAGUCUUUGUCGCCUUCAUAUACGACCCGGCAGUGAUCCCAUUACCAAACACCACCCCACGAGCAGACCUGGAGAGCCAGCAAGCAGUAACUCCUCCGGAGUCUGUCGUCGAAGAAGAAGCACCAUCAGAAGCGCCAUAUUACUCAGUCACUGAUUACAGAAAACUGUACCUAUCUGGAAAGGUCACUCCCACAGAUGUCGCCCACGCCUUGUUGCCGCUUAUCCGUCGGGACACCAGCCCUGAGGGCAAACAUUCCACAGCCUGGAUCAGCAUGAGAGUCGACCUUGUUCUAAAAACAGCCGAGGAAUCAACCAUCAGAUAUCGUGAGGGAAGACCUCUUGGUCCCCUUGAUGGUGUACCUGCUGCCAUCAAGGAUGAUUUUGAUAUGGACGGGUAUGAGAUGACAAUGGGUUCCAAGAACAACUACGCUGGAAAGGCAGUCAGCACAGGGUCUAUCACAAACUGGUGUGUGACAAAGCUUCAAGAUGCGGGCGUGAUUGUUUUGGGAAAGCUCAACAUGCAUGAGUUUGGAAUGGAUACCACUGGUAACAAUCCCUACCACGGCACACCGCUCAACCCUUUCAACUCGGGUUACUAUGCAGGCGGAAGCUCCUCUGGUGCUGGGUACGCAGUUGGCGCAGGCUUGAUCCCCAUCGCCUUAGGUGGUGAUGCUGGUGGCAGUAUUCGAAUUCCAGCUUCUUACUGCUCAGUCUUUGGUCUGAAGCCUACUCAUGGACGUCUCUCUUCAUUCCCGACGCCAAACCCUGCACCAACGUGUUGUGUUCAGGGACCUAUAGCAGCAGACAUGCACUCUCUCGCUACAGUCUACAAUAUCAUCGCUGAACCUCAUCCGACAUCUCGCUUCCCCCGUCUUUACAGAGAGCCUUCAAGACCUUUGGCAAAGCUACUCGGUAUCUACCAACCGUGGUUUGACCUUGCAUCUCCAGGCAUUCAAACCAUUACCAAAAGAAUGAUCGAUAAGCUCUGUACAGAGUACAACUACGAGAUUGUCCCUAUCAACAUUCCAUUUACAGAAGAAGGGCAGAUCGCUCACGCCAUGACUGUCUUGGCGGAUGCAGCGUCCCUCCUCCCAGAAUCAGCAAACACGACUGCAGCGAACAGACUUCUGCUUGCAAUGGGCCGCACAACACCGGCAGGAGACUAUGUAUUGGCCCAAAAGCUUCGGAACCUAUUAAUGCAGCAUCUUGCACAUCUUUGGCAGAUGCAUCCCGGUAUGAUGAUAAUCACACCGACAACAGCCUGCGGUGGCGCGCCGAUAAGACGAGGUGCGAGUGAGCUCAAGUAUGGGCUAAGCGAUGGAGAUUUGACAAUAGAGAGCAUGACGUAUGUUUGGCUGGCUAACUUCUGCGGCAUGCCUUCUUUAUCGAUUCCUGCUGGUUUCGUUGUACCGGUGGGUCAAGAUCGAGCAGGUGAAGAGGCUGAUGAGAAUACCACCGGCAAGGUUCCUGUUGGGUUGAUGGCGACGGGUGAAUGGUGUAGUGAGAAAGCCCUUCUGGAGUUUGGUGUGGAGGCUGAGGCUGUGGGAAGUGAGAAAAGGUGCAGGCCACCUAUCUGGGAAGAUAUCCUGAGCCAAGCCAAGACUAUUGCUCAGAGUCAAGAGAAGAAUUACAGUUCGGAUAGUGUCUAA